GCGACCUCUACAUGACCAGCCUUUAGCUACACCAAAUCUCUGCUCGUCCUUAUCUCAAGUUCAGCUAACGUUGCUUGUUUGUGGUUGACGGCAUUUCAUUUUGUUGUUAAUUGUAUGUCACUAAUAUGAUGAAUACGUUGACUUUGAAGGCUUUAUUUGGUUGUAAAUAACUAUACAGAUUAGCAGCCGCAGACUACUUAAUAGCACGCACACACAAUCAAACAUGAACACGAUCAUAUCAGGCAGAGUGCGCAAAUUAGUUUCUGCAACCUUGAUACAACCUUGGAUAUUGCCGAUUAUUACCGCCCCAAAGGUCCAGCUCUCCACUCUACCCACUGAGCCUGUCAUCGCUGCCAAAAAGCCUUUCAAGGUGGAGCUUGUAGGUGGAAAGCGUCACUCAUGGUGCGCUUGUGGACAUAGCAAGAAACAGCCUUUCUGUGAUGGAGCCCACAAGACUAAAGCCCAGGGCCUGAUGCCUCUGCGCUUCGUCCCUGAGAAGGACUCCAAAGCUUGGCUGUGUGGCUGCAAGUACACCGCUAACCCACCAUACUGCGACGGCACUCACAAGCAGGAAUUCAUCCAGUCUGCCCUGCUCCCAGAGAACACAGACUCCUGAAUGGAUAGGAGCUGAUUAUUUUUGUCCAAUUAUCUGUGGUGUGGGUCCUCUGAGAUCUGGUCCUGGAGAUGAGGACCAGAAUCACUGGUUCAGAAGGUAGCUCUGCAAUUGGGUGAUUGACGGCGAACAGAUGACAUAUACAUAUCUGACAUACUGUGACAUGCUUAGAUCUGAUGUGAUUGGUCAAAAGACCAAUUAGUGGAAAAAAGAUCAGAAUUGAGCUGCCUGUCUAAACGCAGCCUUAGGGCCCUCUAGUAUAUCAUGGGAAACCAUUGUUUUCCACUCUGGGCUUAGCACUUGCUUUGAACAAAUCUCCCCAUGUCAUCCAUACAAGAUUUGCAUGACAUAAGAGCUCUGUGAACAACUCAAUUAAGGGUUCAUCCCAUGAUAAGCAAUCUGCAAAGUGAUACUUGUUAUGGGGCAAUUCCACGAUAACAGAAUGAUGCUGAGAUUCAGAUAUUUCACUUUAAAAUGUGUGUCAAGCAAAAACCAAUAAUUAAAGUUAAACAAACCAUACAACUUCAUGCACAAGGACUAGUUUUAACAAUUUCCACAGAACAUUUUACAAAAACACAUUUACUUGAAGAACAGUGCAGAUGCAAAGUUUGGUAACAUAAUGACAGUUUGUACCGUCAUUCUUUGCAAUCAUUGGUUAUUGUUUGGCUUAUAUUUUAAAGUGAUAAAUCAGCCUCAGCAUCAUUCUGUUACCAUGGAAUUGCCCUGUGUGGUAUGCACUGGGUGCUUCUGUAAAUGUUUGAAAUUGUGAUGAAACAUAUGUUUCAUUUUAAUGCUCUGCUAAUGAUACGCACAAAUAUUGUGAUGGACUGUUUCUCAAAAUCAAGAAUUGUAAUAGAACACAAUCUUAGGCUUGCUGUGAGAUGAAUUGUUUAAGAUGUAUUUUUAUAGAUCUAAAAACGGAGUAUUAUUCCCUCCAUUAUGUAUUCUUCUGUCUGUGUUGAAAUUAAAACAAUCAAAUGUA